ACUACCGGGUCAGAGCCAUGGCGGUGGCAAAUUCAAGUCCAGUCAACCCAGUGGUGUUUUUUGAUGUCAGCAUUGGCAGCCAGGAAGUUGGUCGCAUGAAGAUCGAGUUGUUUGCAGACGUGGUGCCUAAGAUGGCCGAGAACUUUAGGCAGUUUUGCACUGGAGAGUUCAGAAAAGAUGGUGUUCCGAUAGGAUAUAAAGGAAGCACCUUCCACAGGGUCAUAAAGGAUUUCAUGAUUCAAGGUGGAGAUUUUGUUAAUGGUGAUGGUACUGGAGUCGCCAGUAUUUACUGGGGUCCAUUUGCAGAUGAAAAUUUUAAACUCAGACACUCGGCUCCAGGCCUGCUUUCCAUGGCCAACAGUGGUCCCAGUACAAAUGGCUGCCAGUUCUUUAUCACGUGCUCUAAGUGUGAUUGGCUGGAUGGGAAGCAUGUGGUGUUUGGGAAAAUCAUUGAUGGACUCCUAGUGAUGAGAAAGAUCGAGAAUGUUCCAACAGGCCCCAACAAUAAGCCCAAACUGCCAGUGGUAAUCUCACAGUGUGGGGAAAUGUAAUCUAGACCAAGACUGAGCCAGGUCGCCUGCUGUUUUGGGUGACAUUCUCCCAUGAGUCUGACAAGCUGAACUGACCUGUGUGUUUGCUUAACUGCCUCCACUGUGUGAUCCAGGACCUGGAAGUAUCACAAUCAGAACCAAGAUCCCAUUUAAAUUUUGAACUGUAAAUAAAGGCCUUUUUUUUUAAUGCAAAAAAAAAAAAAAA